CCGACUCUCACAAGCCGACGCAGCUGUUGACCGCCUUGCAUUCAACAAUUACCUUUUACGAAGCUUCUCCAUUCUGAGCACUGAGCACUGAGCACUACUGUCACUCCGACCCCCCGACUCGCCGUCGUCAGUCAAAGCAAAGGCAUCCGCCGUCGCCGCAUCACAGGCAGCCGAGGCCCUUCCAUUUUCAGUCAAGACAGAACUCGCGACCUAUAUAAGCUGGCGCUCUUCAAGUCUUUUUCACGGCCAUUGUCGUCAACGUCAUACAUACCAACAAACUGCGUCAGAGCUUCUAGCCGUCCACUGUUUUUCACGCGCCCAACAGCGUCGAGCCUCAACCCACGUACCAAAAGAUCGAUAGCAAGAGCAAUCGCUUGGAGAACAAUGGCGACUCUCAGUGCUCAGCGCAAGCACAAGGUGACGGUUGUGGGCUCAGGUAACUGGGGCACCACAAUGGCCAAACUUGUAGCGGAGAACGUGAAGGAGCACACAUCGCUCUUCGAAGAGACUGUGCAAAUGUGGGUUCAUGAGGAGGAGGUCACUCUUCCGAAGGAGUCGAAGCACUACAGUGGCUCAGACAAGCCCGAAAAGCUAUCGCAGCUCAUCAACAAAGUGCACGAGAACGUCAAAUACCUCCCGAAUAUUACGCUGCCUCCAAACGUCGUCGCCAACCCUGACCUACCCGCCUCCUGCAAGGAUUCUACAAUCCUUAUUUUCGUACUUCCACAUCAGUUCACCGCCCGGUCUUGCGAGCAACUGGUUGGCAAGAUCCUCCCAUACGCUCGAGCUAUCUGCUGCACAAAGGGUGUAGACGUCGGCGAGAAAGGCAUUCGUCUCAUGUCGGAAACGAUCGGCAUGAGCCUGAACAUCUACUGUGGUGCUUUGUCGGGAGCAAACAUUGCAUCGGAGAUUGCGCAGGAGAAGUACUCUGAGACAACAGUCGCAUAUGACCCACCACCUAUGGACUCCCGCAACCCCACACCUAGCGGUUCGCCAAACGCGUCGCAAGUCGAUCUCAUCGCGCCCAGCAAAGCCGUUCCUGGGCCUCGAUCGACACGUCUUACCCCUCUUCCUACCGAGUAUCCGCAUCUCUCGCACGACAAUAUUCGAAAGCUCUUUCAUCGACCAUACUUCCAUGUCCACCUGGUCAACGAUGUCGCGGGUGUUUCCCUCGGAGGAGCGCUGAAGAACAUCAUUGCUCUUGCAGCAGGCUUCGUGGACGGUCUAGGCUGGGGUGACAACGCGAAAGCAGCCGUUAUGCGCGUCGGCAUCCUCGAGAUGGUCAAGUUUGGCAAGGCCUUCUUCGGGGAGAGUGCUCGCGCAAGCACUUUUACCGAGGAGAGCUGCGGUGUCGCCGAUGUUAUCACAUCGUGCAUGGGAGGCCGCAAUUUCCGCUGCGCGAAGAUGGCCGUUGAACGCGGAGAGUCGAUUGCUGAAAUUGAGGAGAAGGAGCUCAAUGGCCAGAAGCUGCAGGGCACCAGCACCGCGCUCGAAGUCAACGCGUUCCUGAAGUCGCAGGGCAUGGAGGCCGACUUCCCCCUGUUCACUGCCGUGUACAACAUCCUUGAGGGCAACGCUAAACCUGAAGAUAUCCCCGAGCUCAUCGAGCCCAAGCAUUAGAUGCGAGUGCGAUUUGGAGGGUCGGCCGUGCGGAUGCACGAUGCCACGGAAUAGACUAUGGGCGUAAGGUUAGAGAUAUAGACUUACUUGAUUACAAUUCAACCACAAAUGAUGCG